GACGCGGAUUGGAUAAUCCAACCAGCCAACCUGAACCUGGGCUGACACGGAACUUCUCACGGCGGAAAUGUACGAACAAUUUAACAAUUAGGACAAAAUUAGAAGUAAUAAUACUUAAUUUCGCCUUUUUAAUUCAAGUGAAUAGUGGGAGAACACUGCGGUGUGGACAAAAAGAGUAAACGACUCCGCCCGGAAAUUAUAGUAAAGUAGGUCAGCAGAAAGUGAAAGUAAAACAGCAAGUGUGUAGCUCUUUAACAUGGCCUCCGGGAUGGAAGAGGAUAUCACCGAGAGACCCUCUCUUCUCGAGUCUGAUCUGAGCUGUCCGGUGUGUAGAGAACUUUUCAGAGACCCCUUGUUACUUACAUGCGGUCAUAGCUUUUGUGCAGCAUGUCUGGAAGCCAGCUGGAAGCACCAACGCCAGAAGUGUCCGGUGUGUCGCAAGGACUGUGACGGAGAGACGCCGAUCCAAAACCGGGCCCUGAAGAAUACAGUCGAGUCUUUCCAAAAAGAGAUAAGAUGGCACAUGACCCGAGCCCCGCAAGCGAUCUGCGGAUUACACCAACGCGAAUUGCAGCUGUUCUGCGUUCAUGAUGAGGGGCCCAUAUGUGUGGAGUGUGUGACACUGCAUUCUGGCCAUGAUAUCAGAGCUAUAGACCAUGGAGUCCAGUACUGCCAGGAACUUCUUAACUUAAAAGUCAAGAUACUUGCUGACAAAUUGGAGUCUUUUAAGAAGCUGCAGAAAAGAUUUAAUGAGACAGUCAAAUUUAUUCAGAUCCAGUCAGAGGAAGCAGAGAAGCAAAUCAAACAGGAGUUUGAAAAACUCCAUCAGAUCCUACGAGACGAAGAAGCUUCCAGAAUUUUAGCCCUAAAGAAAGAAGAGGAGCAAAAGAAAAAGUUGAUGAAGGAGAAGAUUGAAAGCAUCAGUCAUGACAUUGUUUCACUCAAUCAGCUGAUUCAGUCAGUGUGCAAGGAGAUGAAUACAGAUGACUUGGUUCUUCUACAAAACUACCAGAUUCUUAAGCAAAGGGCCCAGUGGACAAAUGAAGAAUCCCAGAAGUUUCCUUGCGGAGUUCUCAUAAAUGUGGCCCUGCAUGUUGGAGCACUGGAUUAUAAAGUUUGGGAGAGCAUGCGAUCACAAAUCAAAUGUUUUCCAGUGCUGAUGGAUCCAAACACUAUUUCACCUUGGCUAUCCAUGUCCCCUGACUAUGCAAGUGUGAAAGAAAGCCCAGAGAAGCACUCGGUCCCAGACAACCCUGAACGCUUUGACCCUUGUGUCUUUGUCCUUGGCUCAGAGGGUUUUACAUCAGGUCGUCAUCGCUGGGAGGUCUAUGUAGGUGAUAACCCAAAGUGGGUCCUUGGAGUGUGUAAGGAGUCUGUGGUACGCAAGAGGAAGUUCACAGUGACUACAACAGGAGGCGUGUGGAGCAUCGGGUUAAGUAAAGGAGUGUACAGCGGUCUGACUACUCCUCGAACUCCACUCCCUGUGACGAAGAGGCCAGAGACGAUCAGGGUGAAACUCAACAUGGAUAAAGGAGAGGUGUCCUUCUGGGAUGCAGACACUGGGGUACAUCUCAUCACCUACACUGACAAAUUCCCUGAGAAGCUCUUCCCUCUUUUUGGCCCUGGGCUCCAAAAAACUCCUAUGGCAGUCCAGCCCGCCAAACUCUCUAUCCAUAAGUCACAAUGAUAGGCAUAAAGUUGUAUUAAUACAGUACGACGUAUCGUACCAUUCAAUACAAGGCUCUUGAUUUGAUACAUUUGCAGUGCAUAAUGAAAUAAACACCUUUAUAUCUGUUCCAACAUCUCAAAUCCACUGGUUCCCAGAUUUCUACGGCUAAAAUGAGCUAGAUUGAAGACACAAUUCGAGCUGGAAAAAGUAAGCAAAGACAAAAGAAGUGAGAAAAGGUAGAAAACGGAAAGAAAUGCGCACUGGUUGACAGCUUGAUAAAAGCUGCUUAAUUAGCCAUGAUUAAUUUCAUUGCAUUGUAAUGCUCAGCUACUAAGUGUCUGCCUAAUUAACCGUUCUGUUAUUAUAAAGUUCAAAUUAGUUUUCUAUUGUUUGUAUGAAAAUAAUUGUAUCCAUGAUAUAUCAUAUCACGACAACAUCUUACUUAUUCUUUGUCAUUUCUACCUUUCCUGCUUUUUGUUUCACUUUCUCUAGUCUUUCUCAAUUUUUUAAUCUUUCUCUUUCUCUUGCUUUUAAAAAAAUAUCUUUCUUUCAAUCAAUCAGAAAUGUUAACAAUUUAAAUCAUUAAUUCAAUUGCAUACUUUCUUGCAAACAUAAUGUACAUGUAUGCUUAAGAGAGCAUCAGAGGGGCACAUUUAUCUUACAAUUGGUGUGUAAUGGUAUUUACAGUGUAUAAUAUAAAACCAAAAUAACGAGUGAGGCACAAUGUGAUUUGAUGCAUGAUAAAGUUGAUUAUUGUAGGUAAAUCGAUCUGUAUUACCUCAUUAUCACAGAAACAAGACAUGUAAUCAUUUGUUAAUAAAAUCCCCUGUAUGCCA